AUGGGUCUCGCUGGUCGCAAGGAGAAACAGAGGAUAGGAACAGACCCUCGAAAUCUUACGUGGGCACAUGACAACUCGCGCUUUGGACAGCAGUAUCUAGCUAAAUUUGGCUGGACACCCGAUUCUGGGAGUGGCCUCGGUGCAAAUGGAGAUGGACGAACGUCGCACAUCGCUGUGGCGCUCAAGCUGAACCAGCUUGGUAUCGGAAACGGUCCAUCUUCCAACGGUGCGGGAGAUCCCAAUGCCAUCGCAUGGAAGCAAAACCGUGACUUUGAAAACGUGCUCAAAAAGCUCAAUGGUACAGCACUGAACCCACUAGAAGGUGGGAUGGAGGACGUCAAGAUUGAAAAGGCCCUCUUCAAUGGGUUUGUUAGGCCCAAAAAUGCCGAGGAUCAUUUAUUGGGCGAGAAGAUAGAGGAGACAGAGGGAGUGGACGAUGGAAAGUCGGAAAAGCAGCGACGAAAAGAGGAAAGGCGACGCAAAAGGGAAGCCAAAGCUCUAGUAUCCCAAGCUUGUGAGAGCUCCGUCACCCCACAGAGGGAGUUGCCUCAACGAGCGCUCCGCCGAUGA